AUGACUCGGACUGUGCCAUUACCAGCUGGGUCUACUUCAGUUCUUGCGAAACCAACAAAGUACCACUAUUAUCCUCAUAACCAACAUAUCUACUUGCUGCCAGAAUGUGCUAUUCAGCAGGUUUGCAAUGCGGUGUACGUGCGUUUGAACUAUACGCAGCCGUUGUGCGCGUGCCCGGCGCGAUACCGCGACCCCUGCUCUGCCAGCCUCAACGCAGACGACCUGCAUACCACGCGGCUCACCACAGAUUCCAAAAAGAAGUAUGCCUACAAAGCUGUGACACUAGUGAAGACUUGCGAAGCAGUAUCGGAGAUGCGUGAAUGCCGGGCCCCUCGCGAUUGGUCUUUGUUGGCUUUGCAGAACAUCAGAACAGGCAAAUCACAUUAUCUGGUCAUAUGUCGGUGUCCCGAGAACCAUAUACUGGAAGGUCCAAUGUCGCAUGACCAGCCUACAUAUGCAUCGGUGCCAGGCAUCAGAGUAUACGGAAUGAUGUGCGUUCGACCCAGCAAUUCAUAUAACACAGGAUACAACGCGAAUAGAUUCUCCAGCUCCGGCGUUCAAAGCACUACAACGAGUACAUACAAAGUGGACUAUUCCCAGCCUCACACGUACCCCGACAAGCCAGUAUACAAUCGCUACCAUUCACAUACAUAUCCAGAACCAACAUAUUACAACAGGCGGUCUAGAGUCUCACGGAUGAGGCGAUCGACACCAAUAUACCCCCCAUUCCCAUGGUACAAAGUAAAAGAACUGGCGCGGUCGUUACAUUGGAUUCACUAGAACAAAAUGUUAGACUUAAAAAGUAUGUUGAAUUCACCGAGGCCCCGUAUUAACUUAACCGAUAAACUAUUAACCGCCUCUUUGGAUCCAACGCAAACUUUGUAAUUCGUAACGUUUCGAAACGCUUUCGCUUACAUACCUAUCAGAAUUAAUCGAAUGCUUCCACAUACCUUCCCAUUCUAAACUCAUGUUUAGCAUGACGAAAGCUCUUGUUGCCUAUAAAUACUCGUUAAACAUGCAUUUAUUUAGUUCUAGUUCCAUAGUUUUUUUAUGAUGUGUCAUUAAAUUUGGGUACCUACUUAUUAAUUAUGUAAAAACCGUUGCAUACUUGUUGGAUGCCAUUGCAAGUCUUUUGCUCAGAAUAAAUUGCUAAAUAAUUAACAUGAAACAGUUAAUAUAAAUAAAAAUUAU